CGCAGUGGCGGGCAUUGUGGGUAAUGAGCUGUUUACUUCCGGCGGGGGAGGAAGCCGUGGCGGUGUUCCUCGCUGUUGUCCUUGCAGUUGGAGAAGAUGGCCCUGGAGACGGUGCCGAAGGACCUGCGGCAUCUGCGGGCUUGUUUAUUGUGUUCGCUGGUCAAGACCAUAGACCAGUUUGAAUAUGACGGUUGUGACAAUUGUGAUGCAUACUUACAGAUGAAGGGUAACCGAGAGAUGGUAUACGACUGCACCAGCUCUUCCUUUGAUGGAAUCAUUGCCAUGAUGAGUCCAGAGGACAGCUGGGUUUCCAAGUGGCAGCGAGUCAGUAACUUUAAGCCAGGUGUGUAUGCGGUGUCAGUCACUGGUCGCCUGCCCCAAGGAAUCGUGCGGGAGCUGAAAAGUCGAGGAGUGGCCUACAAAUCCAGAGACACAGCUAUAAAGACCUAGCAAGAUGCAGGGCUGCCGGCAUCUUUGCUGAACCAAAUGGGCAGAACUUCAGAUACUCCCCACCCUCCAGCUCUGAGACUUAGCAGACUGUUAAGAGAGCAGCACAUCAUGUCCCUGAGCCAUUUUUAUCUUUGGACUACUGGUGAAGGUGGGAGGGAUUUGGGUUGGUGGAUUAACAGAGACUGAAUUGAGGGGAGAGUGGGAUGCUGGUUUUCCUGUCCACAGCCCAGGGCUACACCCUUGCUCAUGGGUAGAACGCUGGGUCAAAUGCCAAUAAAUAUGAACCUGUAGAAAAUU